CUGCUAGUGGGUCUGUGGUUUUGGUUGGUCCGAUUGCUGGUGGGUUGACAGGGGGAGGAAAGGGGUCUGAGCUGGGGGUCAGGGGCGACUGGUAUCAGGAACUGGCCGGAAGGAGAGAGGCGCUUCUCGGAACAAACGCAGCUUCUCCGGGCAGAUCACCCGCAAUGCUGAAGCUCAUCUUCACAGGACUCCUGGUCCUGCAAGUCGCUUUCUCAUUAUCUCCUUCUUUCGUUUCUGCUGCCGGGAGCCGGGGAUCCCGUCGAGGAACCGCAUGGAAGACUCUUUCCGGUGCUCCGCCGCUGGUCGUGGCGAGAGGCGGGUUUUCCGGGCUCGUUCCGGAUUCUAGUCAGUUGGCAUAUGCGUUGGUUCCGGUAUUGAGCCUCCCCAACACCGCAUACUGGUGCGAUGUGCAAUUGACGAAAGAUGGAGUGGGCGUAUGCUUGGGUCAUCUCAACCUCGCCAACGGCACCACCAUUGCGGACCUUUUCCCUAAAAUGGCGAAGACGUACAACGUCAACGGCGUUGCCACCACAGGGUAUUUCCCAAUCGAUUACAGCUCGAGCAUCAUUCUGACCAAUCUCACGCUGGUUCAAUCAAUUUUUUCUAGACAGAGUUUGUUUGAUAAUAGCCUACAGAUCCUUCGUGUUGAAGCUGUGCAACAGUUGAAUCCUGCAGCUCUCUGGUUAAAUGUGCAGCAUGAUCUCUUCUUCACACAACAUAAUCUCAGUAUGAGACAAUACAUAAUUUCUGCAUCAAAAACUGGAAUUAUUAACUAUAUUUCCUCUCCAGAGCUUGGUUUCUUGCAAAGUAUUGCGUCGUCCUUUAAGAGAAGCAAGACAAAACUAAUUUUCCGUUUUCUAGAUCAACAAGAUACUGACCCUUCAACCAAUCAGACUUAUGCCUUGCUCCUGAAGAAUUUGACGGCGGUAAAGGCAGUUGCUUCAGGAAUUUUAGUUCCUAAGAGCUACAUAUGGCCAACAAGCCCUAGUCAAUAUCUGUUGCAACACACGUCUCUUGUCACUGAUGCUCAUAACGAGGGGCUGGAAGUAUUUGCUUCAGAUUUUGCAAAUGAUGUCUCCUUCAGCUACAAUUACAGCUAUGAUCCAGUGGCUGAAUAUUUAUCAUUUAUCAAUAAUUCUGUCUUCUCUGUGGAUGGCAUGCUGACAGAUUUCCCAGUGACUGCAUCAGCAGCUAUAGGGUGCUUUUCACAGUCAUCAAAUACCAGUGGAUCAGGAAAACCAUUGAUUAUUUCCCAUGGUGGAUCUAGUGGGAUAUAUCCAAGCAACACCGAUCUGGCAUAUCAACAAGCUGUAAAAGAUGGUGCCAAUAUCAUUGACUGCUCAGUUCAGAUUACAAAGGAUGGGUUCCCAAUCUGCUUAAAUAGCGCUGAUCUUUCUAUUAGCACAACAGUUACUCAAACAGAUUUUAGUUCUCGUUUGACCACAAUUGAGGAAGUUCAAUCAGCUAGUGGAAUUUUCACGUUUGACCUCACAUUGUCUGAGAUUCAAACCUUGGCUCCGGUUAUACGAAGCCCAUAUUCAAAGCAAAACCUUUUCCGAAAUCCUGCUUUUGCUAAUGCUGGAAGGUUUUGGACAUUGCCUAGCUUUCUGAACUUUACGAAAGAUCAACUUAUUGGUGGAAUCUUGAUCAACAUUGAGAAUGCUGCCUACCUUGCAAAGAACAGAAGUAUCAGCAUGGUUGAUGUUGUGAAUAAGGCCUUAAGUGAUGCUGGCUACAAUAAUCAAACAAAGCAGAAAGUAAUGAUCCAAUCCAAAGACAGUGCUGUGUUGGUUGAGAUGAAGAAGGAAACCAGCUACAAUCUUGUAUACAAGGUUGAUGAGGUUAUUGGUAGUGUAGCGGACUCUGCUAUCGAGGACAUCAAGAAGUUUGCACAUGCUGUGGCUCUUCAAAAGGGCUCAAUAAUCACAGACCAAUUAUCUUUUAGCACAGGGUCUACAGAUGUUAUUCAAAAGCUGCAUAAAGCAAAUAUCUCAGCCUAUGUGUACCCUUUCCAUAAUGAGUUCACAUCCAUCCCAAUGGACUUUUUUUCUGAUCCGAAUAUGGACAUGAAUGCAUUUAUUGGUGUUGGAGUUGAUGGUCUCAUUACUGAUUAUCCAGCAACAGCUAAAUCAUUCUUGAGUAAUGCAUGCUAUGACCUCCCCAUAAGACCGCCUUAUAUCCGGAGUCCUCAGCCCGGUGCACUUCUGUCUGUUCUGCUGCAGAGCGUGAACCUUGCACUUCCACCCGCUGAGGCACCAACGCCAUCUCUUACAGAUUCUAAUGUUGUAGAAGCACCUUUGCCGCCAGUUUCACCAAAAAUAGCACCAACCAGUAAUGGUGGAAUGCCUUCAGGACCAGGACCAGCCACAUCAGCUCGAAGCGGUGCUCCCCAGAUACCAAUUAGCGUCAUCCUCUACCUGGCCAUGUUUCUGCUUAGUCUUUCAGUAUUUUUUUGAUCAGAAAUGCCAGGAAUCUUUAUUUCCGGUUUGUACUUUGUUGCUUUGGCUUUUGUAAUCGGCACCUUCUACCAUUAGAUUACUCAUUCCUUUUCAGCUCUUUGCUACCCCGUUUUUUGGCUGUCAUCUUUGAAAGGGCAUGUCUCAUGUAUAAUUACUGUAUGUAACAUAUGAUAGUGGUAUUUUUCUUUAAAUUAUCAUUGUUAUUUUUACCA